AAUCAGAGGAGUCUUGUAAUAUUUGAUUUUUUCCCCCCAAGCAGCUCUGGUGAGUGGAGCCACGACCAGCGUUAUCCAUCUGCCUACUUUGGAGCAGGCUGUUUUACUAUUUAGAGGCGGAAACGCUCUACGUUUUUGCCAGCCCAUUAAGAAAGGCUCUCAUGUUAAAUUAAGUCAAUUAAUAAAUGAGACACAUUAAGCAAUCAAUUUUGUCAGCCGAUCCCCCCAGCAUUAUGUAUGGCUGGCUGUAAUCACAAGAUAAAUGCAAUGUGCUGAUCUAUGGUAAUGUUCAAUAAUACAUUCUCCGCCAGGCUCGAUUCAUCGGGGAGUUCCAGUCGGGGAGGCAUUUGUUAUUGGCUGUCUCCGCACCUCAAGGAUAACACUUCUGUCCUUGUGAUUGGCCGCCUCGCUGCGGCAGGAUUCUAACCAUCUUGUUCGGAUGAUGAAUAUGAAGGCUCGCUGAGCCGGUCUGGAGCGGAGUGUCUGUCUCGGCGGCUGCGCUCCUUCCAGAGCCCAAGGACCCGCAGCGGCGGCGCUGCCUCCCCGCGCCAGCGACCCCCCAAAAGUUGGGAUGCUCUUCUUCACCCAGUGCUUUGGGGCCGUGUUAGAUCUCAUUCACCUGCGCUUUCAGCACUACAAGGCGAAGCGGGUGUUCUCCGCCGCGGGCCAACUUGUCUGCGUCGUCAACCCCACGCACAACCUGAAGUAUGUGUCCAACUGCCGCGCCGUCACUCAGAGCGCUCCGGAGCCAGGUGGCUGCCCCCACCGCCCCCUGGCCCACCGCCACCGCCACCACCACGGGCACCGCCACCUGCGCCACCACGCCCACCCGCACCACCUCCACCACCAGCAGGCCGAGCUGCGUGCCAGCCGGGUGAUGCCCUGCACCUGCCCCCUGUCCUCCUGCCCCUGGGAGGGCCGCCUGGAGGUGGUGGUGCCUCACCUGCGGCAGACGCACAGGGUGGAUAUCCUGCAGGGAGCCGAGAUCGUCUUCCUGGCCACGGACAUGCACCUCCCCGCCCCCGCGGACUGGAUCAUCGUGCACGCUUGCCUGGGCCACCACUUCCUGCUGGUGCUCAGGAAGCAGGAGAGGCACGAAGGGCACCCCCAGUUCUUUGCCACCAUGAUGCUGAUCGGGACCCCCACCCAGGCCGACUGCUUCACCUACCGCCUGGAGCUCAACAGGAACCACCGGCGCCUCAAGUGGGAGGCCACCCCCAGGUCCGUGCUCGAGUGUGUGGACUCGGUGAUCACCGACGGGGACUGCCUCGUCCUCAACACCUCGCUGGCGCAGCUCUUCUCCGACAACGGCAGCCUUGCCAUCGGCAUCGCCAUCACUGCCACAGAGGGCUGCUCCUCAGAUGCUGAGAUGUGAAGUGAGAGGCCACCGGAGGCUCACACUCAGCCACCCCUCCUCCAAGGAACUCUGCUUGUGCCCUCCGGAUCUCCAAAUUCCUAUUUAUUCUUCUUCUCUCCCUGCCUCCCUUCCUUCUUUCUUUGUUUGUUUUUUUGUUUGUUUGUUUGUUUGUUUGUUUGUUUUUUGUCUCAGGUACUUAGUGGUGUCUAAUAGUUGUCUGCCUUGGGCAUUAUAUUAUGUAAACAUCCUGUGAUUCAAGAUCUUGGUGUAAUGUUUGUCCUGAUUAGUUGGAAUAGUUUUACAGAUCAUUUUUAUUAAAUCGGAAUGAUUAUUAUUACCCCCCACCCCAAUUCCCUUCUCCAUGGCUUCCAAAAUGAGCAAAAUUCACCCAGACCACAAAGCAGACUGUUGGGGUUGAAAAGAGAGUUGGUAUCCAAACCAUUUCUCCCUUCUCUUUUCAGUCCAUUUCAGGGAGAGCUAACUCUGAAGUGUGUGAGAACAGCUGGUUGGGAAGGGACCGGGCCCGUUCAGAGACACAGUUCAGACCAAGCAGACACAGGGGGCAGAGCUGUGCUGCUGGAGGUGAGGGACUGUGUCUCCUCAGAAGGCCAGAGGGCCCCGGGCUGGAGGCUCCAUCACACGAUGAGUCUUCUGGUUGGUCCCAGGGCUCAGGGCAGGGGCAGACAGGGAGCCCUCGUUGGCAGGCUGCUGCGGGCUUGCUCUCGGCCUGUGCCAUCCUUUCCUGCUCUGGAAUCAAUGUCCUCACGUUCCUGGUGCUUUCUUGAAAACCUCUUCGCCCUCUUCUGAGCAG